CAAGUCAGUCCAGCCAGUCCGCGGCUGUACUGUCUGUCAUUCGUUCAAUCAGGGCGCUUGUCUGUAGUCUUAUUAGAUAUUAUUCAAUACCUAGUAAAUACCACUUUGUAUUGAUAAAAUGGUUUACUUAACGUGUUUCUGUGCCAUUGGAUUGAAAGUGAUGUGAGCAAGAUACUAUGUUGACAAUCAAACAGUGAUUAUUGUCCGGGAUAACACAUUGCGUUCUAACAUUAAUAUGGUAUAAACAUGUGUGCAUAGUGCAGUGUCUAUUGCAAUGAGUUCGUCUGACGGAGCGGGCACGCGACUCGGCAUGCAGGCGGCUAUAUCAGGUCAGAUAGGUAUCGGGAGUCCGGAGUUCGGGAUGGCCGUGAGCGUGCCGCCGCCGCAGAUGGCCUUCGACUUGCACGCCGUCAGCUGCGGUGACUCCUCCUCGGAGUCGCGCUCUCCGGACCUGCCGCCGGCCAAGGCGAGCGAUCGCGAGUCGCGCAUCAUAGCGGAGAAGCAGCGCCGGAGCCAAUACAACUCCCAAAUCCAAGUGAUGACGUCCUUGUUGACGGAUAUCGUGCACUCGCAGCGCAAGGUGGACAAGACGAGCGUGCUGCGCCUCGCCGCCAAUAAGCUGCGUAACGAACAUGUGUUCGGCGACACUAUUACCUGUGGCCAUGUCGAAACUUGGUCUCCCGCUUUCCUAAAAUUUUUUGAUCUCCUCGGCGGCUUCAUGAUAUCAGUCACGUGCCGCGGCCGUAUUUUUAACGUCUCACCUAACGUACAAGAGAAAUUAGGCUAUUGUCAUGUUGACCUGUUGGGCCAAGAUAUUUACAAUUAUAUACAUCCUGAAGAUACAGUCAUUCUACGUCAGCACAUCUAUCCUCCUGAACUUCAGAAGGGUUGUGACAACUCAUUCAUAGAGCAACGCCAUAAUUUCACAAUCCGGAUAGUAAGAGCUGGCGCUAGGUCCGAUCCGCCCAGGUAUGAGCGGUGUCGACUAGAUGGUACACUCAGACGUGCGGACAGAGCCACAGCAGUGGGGGUCCAGGAUGAGCAGAUUAUUAGAAGGCAAAGAGUCAGGCACAACCGCACUUUCUCAUCGAGUGGAAAUGAUUUUGUAUUUAUAGGCAUGGUACAUGUUGUGACAAACAACAUGCCACCUCGCAUCAUGUUGCCCACAGCCUACUCAGAAUACUGGACCAGGCACCUGAUAGAUGGGCGCAUAGUGCAAUGUGAUCAGAGCAUAUCUUUGGUGGCUGGGUACUUGACGGAGGAAGUUACAGGCACAUCUGCCUUCUUUUUCAUGCACAAAGAUGAUGUGCGAUGGGUAAUUUGUGUUCUGCGACAGAUGUAUGAUCAAAGUCGGGAAUUUGGUGAGUCCUAUUACAGACUGAUGUCUCGCACUGGCCAAUUCAUAUACAUGAGAACUAGAGGUUUUUUAGAAAUAGACAGGGACACAAAGAAAGUACAAAGCUUUGUAUGCGUUAACAGUGUAAUAGGGGAUGACUAUGGUCGUAGAAUGAUGGAGGAGAUGAAACGAAAGUACUCUGUGAUAGUGGAUAUGAGCCAGGAGCAAAAUGAAAAGGUCACAGUUGGUGAUGACGCACCAGUGGAGCACCCAAAAAAGCUAGAGCGUAUUGUAAUGCACUUAGUAGAACCUUCUGCGAUUGAAGGCUCAGAGGAGCUAAAGUUGGUGCCUCCUUCGAAGGAGAACAUUAUUUCUGCCAUUAAGAAUAGUGAAAAGAUAGUUGAAGAGACAGGUGUGAGGUUUGACUGUCGGAAACGAAAAAUAAACUGUUUCCAAAGUGAUCAAAGUGAUGUUUUAAAAAGGCACAGUGGACUUAUGGAAUAAUCUGAUCUGUUUACAGACAUUCACAGAUGUAAGUUAACUAUUAGGGACAUUCCUUGUGGGGAUGAUGACCAAUGUUAAAGAUUGAUGUUUUUGGCAGCAAUUUGAUCCUCUAGUUUUUUUAUUUAAGUUUGGUCUCUGACAUGACUGAUCUCAGAGCAAUCAAAAAGCGUUAAUAUAGUUGUUUUCAAAUUCACAUUAAUAUUUUUUAUAAAUUUUUAUUUAACUUGAUAUUUUUCUUUGACUGGCUGAAAUUCAAUAUUUUAGUAAUUAUGAAGUAUUGAAUGUAACUGGAACUAGAUAUUAUUAAUAAGCUUUCUAUGUAAUUUUAUACAUAAAUGGGAUAGUUAAGUUAAAAAGUAGAUAUUAAGAAAAUCUAUUCUAUGUGGCGUUCAAUAAUGAGUUUUUGAAAUGAACCUUAUUUGUAUAGAGCAAGGUUGUUAUUGCAACUGAAUUGAGUGAGAUUUGAACUAGUAAUGGUUUCACUCAAAUUGUAGAAACAUGCACCUAUCUACUGUUGUACCUAUUGGCAUAUAAUAUAAUUGCCCUGUAAUUUGUUUGACUUCCAUAGUUAUUGGAACUAGAUGUUAAUCCAUAAGCCAAUAUUAAAUAUAGGUAAUCUAAGUAGAGGCAAUGUCAGGGUUGAUUUUUAUUUUGUCGGAUUUUUUCCCUAUAUUUGGAUAAAAAUUUGCCGGUUUUUGAAUAGCUCCUCAUUCCGGGCGGGAUAAAUACGAAAUACUUGUGUCAAAAUAAAAAAAACUGUAUGUUAUUUUUCCUUGAGUUACGAAAAUACCAUACUUUUUCGUAACUUAGUUUUUUAAGACUUUUUAGGGCAUAUGGUGAAAUUACGCGUAGGUAUAUUGUACAGAUUAGGAAACUAUCUAUUCACCGAAUUUUAUCGAAGUCUGACGAAAACCAAAAUCAACAACAAAAUAAAAACCAGUCCAUCAAAGAUAUGACUACAUUUUUGCCUUAUCAUUAUCACAAUGCAAUAAAUGUCAAAGUGUAAACAUAUCUUUGAUAUCAACUUGCCUACUCUUGUUCCAUUAACAGCAAAUCAUUUUAUGGCGAGAGUUGACCAAUACCUACACCUUGCCAUUGUUAUGAUUUACAUAGUACAACCACACUUCUACAUAGUACAAUUCACUAUCAAUAGUAAUAUAGGUACUUAGGUAGGUGUGUCUGAAACGCAAUGAUCUAAUGUUUAUCGGUUUCCCGUUCAGUUGAUUUUAAUGUUAUUUAAUAAAAGCAAAUAUCAAUUUUAUUUUAUUUUUGAAUUUGUGCCAAAUGUUAUUGCAUAAUGAUUAGUAGAAUAGAUAUGGGAUAUAAAUAAAUUUGUAGGUAACUUAUGACGCCGGAAUUUACUUAUCUUUAGCCGAAUGUAUCUACGUAUACCUACAGUCAACAGCAGAAGUUGCUAAGCGGGUGAGAUGUUGAAAUGAUUUUGAUGUGACUUUAUUGUUAGGAGAAUAAGAGCGAGUCAAGGUAAUUUUGAACACCUCGCCCGUUUAGUAACUUUUGCUGCUCACUGUACCUAAACUACUGCUAUUAAAACUUGAUACCUAAAUACUAACUAAAUAUGCAAGCAUAUUUGUUGAGAACUGAAUCAGUAAUUUCUGUAAUUAUCAAUUCUUCAAGAGAUUUAAAAUCGAGUCAUUUAUGUGCAGAAUAAUAUGAACAAUCAAUAAUUUUGUACAAUUUGUAUUGAAUUCGUGUCAUAUGACAUUUAAAUAAUUGAAAGCGCUGUAAGUUGUUGAGUUUUUUUUCAUGUAAAAACUAAUUUCAUGGCUGCUGUAUGAAAUAAUUAAUUAAUUAUUGUCAACUAGCCUAUUUAGGCCAAAAAUAUGUACAGUUUUAUAACCUUAUUUUAUGAUUGUGCGGAGAUUUAGCUGAAUUUGUCUUUCUGUACCUGAAAAUUUCGUACACGGAAGAAUAAAUAAAUAAAUAUUGGUGGACAUCUUACACGGAUCAACCUAGCCCCAAACUAAGCAAAGCUUGUACUAUGGGUGCUAGGCGACGAUAUACAUACUUAUAUAUAUAUAUAUAUAAAUAAAUACAUACUUAUAUACAUAGAAAACACCCAUGACUCAGGAACAAAUAUUAGUGUCCAUCACACAAAUAAAUGCCCUUACUGGGAUUCGAACCCAGGACCAUCGGCUUCGCAGGCAGGGUCACUACCCACUAGGCCAGACCGGUCGUCAUUAUUUGAAUUCGUCAUUCGUCGAAUUAAAUGAUCGCAUUUUGGAAACCGGCCAUACGUCGAGGGCUGCUCAUGCCGAUGUAACUGACAAUCCAUCAGGGGCGUAUUUACCCUAGGGCCAUCCGGGCCAUGUCUCGGGACGCCAAUCCGCCAAGGCGUCUUGCUUUUUGUUUUUCUUCCUUGACUUUUGGGGCGGCGAAACUUAUUAGUCCAAGGCGCCAAAUUUGAAAUUACGCCCCUGCAAUCCAUGUAUUUUAACUGUGUUAAUUAAUUGUUGACAAUCCAUGUAAUUUAAUGUAUCUUAAUUGCUCAAGCUUGGUGUCAUUACUUUUCGGGAACAGAAGAUACGGCUAUAUUAUAUGACAAAUCGUUUGCUAUCGUUUACAAACUAGAGGCUGAAAAUCGGUCGACCUCAAUUGAUCUAUUUUUUUUAGUUCUUCCAACACCAAUAAAGGGCCUAUUCAGUUUUCCUACACAACAAGAGGUCGUCUAUGGCAUCCCAGGGAGUUUUUAGGCUAGUAGAGAUAAUAUUGAGGGGGUAAAUCUAGGUACAGAAACGGUGGCCUAAAUCGUUAUUCCAACGAAGUGUUUAUUGAUGUUUUACUUCAUAAAACACGAUAAUACCUAUAAGUGUUUAUUAUUAAUAAUGCACGUUGCACGUAGAUGGAUUCACGACGCUUAGUUCAUUGACCUUAUAAACAUGGUAGUGUAUACAUAGAGAUCAGCUUUGAAUAAUAAGAUUGUUUCAAACCGUUUUAUUUGUAAUGCUGGACCAUUUAGGUAUAUUCACUGGCAGGUAUUUUUUGUACGCAACGGGUAGUAAAACUUGUGGUCUACGAUAGACAACGUUAAUUUGUGGUUAUGUGGGGCCCACUCGUCGUUUUUUUGUUUGAGCCUAGUAGAGCAAAGCUCUAGGCGAUUUACGUUAUGAUUCAGUAGAGUAGUUCAUGUCAAGAAAUGAAGGUGAUAAAUUUAACAUCUAAGUUCCAAGUUGGAAAGGUUGAAUCUUUUGCUACAUUUGGGAUUCUUUCUGAUAAUCUGGGGGCUUUUUUUCAUUCUCAUUUGGCCCGAUGUGAGGACGGAUUGGGGUAAAUAUCUAGGAACAAUUGUCGCUUCGUUCUCUCAAUACGCCACCCUUGAUUUAAAAAUCGAUUCUGAUGAUAUAAAUGGAAUACAAUUGACGGUUUUAGUACCUACCCCUGAAAAUGGGAGUAGGUAAUACAAUGUUCGAAAUUAAGGGCGUUAGGGUAAUCUUAUCCUUUGGACUGUUAGGUAUCAGACGUAUGGCGAAUUUAUAGCAACGAUGUCAGGGUCACUUAACGAUUAGGAACUAAUGUAUCGACCUGUGCUUUUAAUAAUACACUUAGUGAUUAAUACCUAUAAAAAGGUUGGUCUACAAAUUAUGAAUGCUGUCAUAUCUUGGAUACAACAAAGUCAAAAAAGAGAAAAUAAAUAAUGUGGCGUUUUCCAGAUACAAGGCACCUCUUUCUCGGUUGUCAAUCGUCACACAUAGCCUUUAAUUUAAGAAAUAGCGAUUUAACCACAAAGUUUCUUAAACAUUACGCUAUUACUCAGUAAUCGUUUGACUUGACAACCGUCAAAAUGGUAUCUUGAGGCAAAGAUCAACACAAAAGUAAAUAUGUAUAGAUAUGGUGCUGGUGGUUUAAUUAUUUGUCGCCCAGAAACAAUAGCAGCUGUAUUCCCAAUUUAAACAGUGAUUAUUAAUUCAUAGUUCUCGUUACCACUUAAAAGUUUUUGAGCUUCACCUCACCUUUUAUGUAUAAAGUUGUGAUAGUAUAGGGACCUUAUUGGAAGAGAUAGGUUCGGGUGAGGUUGAUUUGGAAUCAAUAAUUAUUACCUACCUACCUAAAUAUUUUAAAGUGGAGUUUGCGAUUUUGAUACAUAUAAGAGUUCACAAAGCCCUAAACUUUAUAAGAUAUAUACAGAUGUCUUGAUGAACUACUAACUUAAACGCUCGUAUACUCGUUUUUUGUUGUGCAGUUGUGGUCUACCACUUCCACCUAAAUAAAGUAAGUGAAAGAAAACACUGUUUUAAGAGACACAUAAAGAAAUUGUGAAUCUAGUUUACUUACUUACCCAACCCGAAUAUUUCUUUAGAAUACAAUUACAUAUAGAUACAUUGUUAUAAUGGUUCUGCUGUUUGCAACUAAGGUAAACUGGUCUGAUUGCAAAAAAAAAAGUAUUUUGCAUUGUUUACUGCAUGUAACUACACUAAUAAUAUACCUGUUUGCUCGAUUUAACCUAUUAGGCAUAACUGAAGCAAUCAAUUAAAAUGUAUUUGUGUGUACUUAAAUGAAACCGAAAUGAUAAAUAUGAACGUUACAUAAGUACAUAUGUGCACUUCUAAUGUGAAAUAAUACAAAUAAGUGUUGGUCUGUAUAUAAAAGUAGCUUCAUAUAUGUCCAGAUUUGAUGUUUACAGUGUUAAAUCAAUGUGUACCUGUACUGUGUACCGACUGUUUCAUAUUGACUCAUAAGAUAUCUAUCAUAAAAUAAAUAAAGUACGAUUUAAGGCAAUAGGUAGCAUACAUAACUUUUCACCACAUCAGCUUGUAAAGGCUCUCUUUUUACUUCAAAAACUGAUGAGAAAAUUGCAUUUUAUCCACAAGAGUGGCAAAAUUUUGAGUUGUUUCUUCAUUUUGGCUAGUAGAUUUGACUCAUAAGUGAUGAUUUUGAAUACAUAUUUUAUAAGUUGGUUCAUUUGAAUUUGAUAAGUAUGAAAUGUUUUACAGUUAGUUGGUGUGGUGAAAAAUUUUGUGUUUCACUCGGGAGCAAUGUUUGUUUAACCCUCGUGAUUUGGAACUCGAAACUCUCAAGAUUCUUCUUCUCGAAACAUCUUAUAAAUUUUGGAAUCUUUCGCUUGUUGGGGUAUAAAUAUUAUUAGCACGAGGGGUUAAACAACAUCUUUGCCCCCUUGUAAAACAAUUAUGGCAUAGCACCUUAUUAAAAAGUAUAAAGUGGUACUGUUUGUCUAAUAAGAACGACAUUUAAUGUCAUUAAAUUGUCAUAAAGCAGUUGCGAAUGACGAGUAGCGAGGGUACCUACUCUACAAUUUAACAAAAUCCGUCCAGGCGUGAACCGAAGCUCUACAUUUGUUGUCAAAGUUAGCAGAUCUAAAUUAAGAUACCUACUGAGCUGUGGCGACUUGUUGGCGUUAGCAUUACAGAUCUGGGCUCAUUAACCUUUUGAGACUGGUUGCUUGCAGUUUGCUCUUUUUCCUAAGCGUUUGCCAAUCUCUUCCCUAAGUUUUCACCGGUCAGUCGCUGCAACUCGUAGAUACAUAUUAAUAAAAUUACAAGUUUUAAAAAUAGCGAUUUAUACUGAUUGUGUAGUAUUUAUACUUAUCAGGUGAUAUAAUUGCCGUUCAUAUGUACUUUAAAAAUACGAUCCACUUGCAUAUAAUGUAGGUUCUUAACAUUGAUACUCGACUGAAUGAUCAAGUCUCGAUCGAGCACUACUUGACGGAUACGUGUUAUGUAGGUUGGUAGCUGUUAUGUUAGUAGGGUUAAUCCUAAUGUUACGGCUACCUUUGUUUUAGGGCCGUAUGACGGAUAUUUACAAAGAAAUGGGACCUUAGAGGUAGAGGUUUAAGAGAGCCAACAUAAAAUGCGGGCCCUCUUGUUGUGUACUACAAAUCUACAAAUAUUAAACGUACUAAACUCUGUUUAGAUUUCACAGAUACAUAUUAGGUAUUCAAAUGCCGGGUUGAUACUUAAUCAAACUUUCAAAUUUAAUAAGAUUGCCAGCCAAAAAAUUGCCGUAAACCAGUGGUUCUUAUUCUUAACCGGUAGUCCGCGGACCACUGGCAAUCUCCGGAAGCACCUGAAGUAGUCCCCAAAUGUAUAAAAAGAACAACCAUUAGCUGGCUGACUUUGUCGAGUGGCUCUUAGAACCAAGAACCAAAAGGUUAAGGAAUGGCGUCAUUUCCGUAUCUUUGAAUUGUAAACGGAGUUUAGGUAUUGGGAAUAUUUACUAGAACUGGCACGGUAACUAUGUGUAAUAUAAAACUCAUAAGAUGCCGAUGUCUGCAUCUGCUCAAGUGUUAAAUGUUGUUUAUGAUAUGUGUAUGUAGUUAUUAAUAGAUAGUGUUGUUAGGAGUACCUAGUUAAUAAAUGGGCAUUUUCAUGGGUUGUGACACGAAUAUGUGAAGCCAUUUAUACAUUCUAGUACACCGUGUCACCAGAGUUAUGUCAGCUACAUUUUACGGAUGUUAAAACUUGUAUUUUCCUUGUAAUAAACAAGACAAGCAACGUACUUGAAAUAGACUAAUAAUACAGGACUUGGGCGUAAUUAUAGUACAAUGUUAGUGGAAGUGUUAAGGCCAUGUCCACUGUCUACCUACUUGCUAGUCUUGCUACUUCGCAACAAUAGAAAUGACCUAAUGAAAUACAACCUAAACUCUUUUUAGACGAAUUGAUUGAUGCCAUUAGUAUUUGUUGCAGCUACUUGUAGACACUAUCAAACAUGAAAUAUAUGUACUCAACAAAUAUUAUUUCGUACUAUCAAUUGUGCGUGUAUAGGACGCACGUUGCUAUGUGUUGAUAAGAUGAUAAGUUGAUAACCUGGGCUAUGCCUGGGCCAUUAAAGAGUUUCAUUGAAUAGAAAUCAUAACUUGUCGUCUGUCGGGGCACCAACCUAUAAUGUUAAAUAGAAUAGGGAAGUACUCUAUGUUUGGAUAAUGAUCCGCGCAUUUGUAUAAGAUCCAUUAGAAAAUAUUUGCAAAAGUGUAACAUCCUGAGUUAUAUCACUACUUAGUUGACCACCAAUGUUUUUUUAAUCAUUAAUCCUUUGUACGUAACCUGCAGUCAGGAUCUCACCAAUUAUGUUGUAAAAACGAAAUGAGCUUUGAAGUCAAAGGGACUAUUCUGAAGUUUGCUUACUCCAUAUGUUAUUCUUUGCGACACGUAUUUUAUCCUGGAUACAUUUGAUAUAUCAACCCUAUAACAGUCGUCAAUCAACGCAAGUGCACAUUCGAGUGUUAAUCGUAUUUCAAUGUGAUGUGGAUAGAUGUAAUUCCUCACUACCGUAAACCUCAAUGUAUCCAUUGUAGUCAACCAACAAAUCCACAAACUCCUACGUGUCCUAGAGAAGAGAAUAGUGUCUCAAAGUUGUUGUGGCAAAUAAUUGUACAUACAUUGACAUUUAAUGUAAUAAAAUAAAAUUGAUAUGAUUGAAA